CUCGUUGUCACCAUCUGGCGCGCCACAACCACACACUAGCCUACUAACCGUUCUUCCCCUCACGUCCUCGGCUGCAAAAUUCAUAAAUCUGUUCGCGGAGAAGCGUCUGACUCCCAACGGGCGCCUCGCUGCUGCCAUCUGGCCCACUCGUCAUUUCCACGCACCAGCCGCUCACCUCCUCAGCUGCUCAUUCCCUCACCAAAUCGUGCUUCACGCUUCAGCCACCCCGCCAGUCAAAG